GCCCAUUUCGAAGCCGCUUCGCCCCAAAAAAAGUUCGCAGAGGGUUUAAAAUGCAAUGCUCGCGAUCCUGAACUGGAACUCGGAGCCGGCCCGACUGAAGCGUUUAUAAGAUAUAAGAAAGGGAUUUUAUUUGAGGUCCAGGUUUGACACAGAAUUUUUUUGUUUGUUUGUUUGUUUUGUUUUUAACAGAACAGACACUACUUUGCUUUAUUGAUUUAUUGUUUUUAAUUAUUAUUAUUAUAAUAGGGUCAGGGUUCAAACUUCGAACCUGAAACACGUUGGAGCCGCUUCACGCCGAUCUCGGGCGCUGGCCGACGGGGAGGUUCGGCGCGGAUGUUGAGACGCCUCCAGCCAGCGCCAGGGCUUCGCAAGGCGGGCUGGCGAAGCAGAAGAGCCGCUCCAGGGACUGGAUGGAGACGGUCUUCCCCUGUGUGCGCACGAACAGCGCCGACGCGCAUGACUUCACCAACAACAAAGUCUCCUGGGCAGACGAGACGCCUGAGGUUCUACUGUCAGAUCAGAUACUGUCGGUAAAGGGCGUUGAUUUGCUGAAAUCACGCUGCGGAAUGAACCGGAAGGCGCAUCACACGGACGAAUUUGAAUAUGAUGACCUCAUCCUGCGCCGUGGCCAAUCAUUCUUCCUGGAAAUUGAAUUCUCGCGACCUUUCAACCCUGACAUGGACACGGUGCAAUUGGAGCUGCAGAUCGGUCCUCUGCCACAGGUGUCAAAGGGCACCCACGUCAUCAUACCAUUGGUCGGGGAGCUGGAAGACAACCAAUGGGAAGCCAAGAUUGUGCAGAGGGAUGGGACUAGGGUGAAACUGUCUGUCAGGUCUCCAGCAACAGCCGUGAUUGGCCGAUACAAGUUUACAGUGACCACUCACAGCCCGGGGGGAGACUUCAAGAUGGAACACGACCCCAAGAACGACAUCACCUUCCUGUUCAACCCCUGGUGUGAACGUGAUGAUGUGUUCAUGAAGGAUGAAGAACUCCUGAAGGAAUAUAUUCUGAACGAAACGGGGAAAAUUUACUAUGGCACCGAAAAGCAGAUCACAGCUCGAACCUGGAACUUUGGACAGUUUGAUGCUGGUAUUCUGGACGCUUGCCUGUUUGUUCUGGAUCGCAGUCGGAUGCCUCAUUCCGGAAGGGGGAAUCCAGUCAAUCUAGUCCGAGUCAUCUCUGCCUUGGUGAACUCGGUGGAUGACAGGGGGGUUGUCGUUGGGUGCUGGUCAGGUGAUUACUCCCAGGGGACGGCUCCCACAGCCUGGUCUGGCAGCGUGGAUAUCCUGACCAAGUACCAUCGCAGCGGGGGCGAGCCAGUGGCUUUCGGACAAUGCUGGGUGUUCUCAGGGGUCACAACCACAGUGCUGCGUUGUUUAGGAAUCCCCGCGCGCAGCGUCACCAACUUCUCUUCGGCGCAUGACACCGACGUCUCUCUCACCACGGACCUGCACUUCGACGAGAACAUGCGCCCCCUGACUCACCUGAACCAGGACUCUGUGUGGAACUACCACGUGUGGAACGACUGCUGGAUGGCGCGGCCGGACCUGCCCCCGGGGCUGGGGGGGUGGCAGGCAGUGGACGCCACGCCCCAGCAGACCAGCCAGGGCAUCGCUUGCUGUGGCCCCGCCUCCGUCCAGGCGAUCUGCAACGGAUUGGUCUACCUGAACCACGACACUCGCUUCAUAUUCGCAGAGGUGAACAGUGAUAAGAUCUACUGGCAGCAGCGGGCGGAUGGAUCCUUCACUCAGGUGUUCAGUGAGAAGGCGGCGAUCGGGAAACAUAUCAGCACCAAGGCAGCGGGGUCUGAGGAGAGGCAAGAUAUCACGGACAUGUACAAAUACCCUGAGGGCAGCAAGGAGGAGCGCAUCGCCGUGGAGACGGCCUGUCGCUAUGGCAGCAAGCCCAACAUUUACUCGAACCAGCAGGCGGGGGACGUCAGCAUUGAGGUCAGCACUGACGGGGCGGGGCUUCACGUGGGAGGCUCUGCCUCCAUCCUCAUCGUCGUGAGCAACAGGAGCCAAUCAGGAUGCAGUGCCGUGCUGCACGGCCAGAUCGCAGUCAUGUACUACACUGGGGUUGUCAAGGCAACCAUCAAGAGGGACACCAUCAACGUCGAACUGAUGCCUGGCGAGAUCAGGACAGUCCAGUGGGUUCUCGCGUAUUCAGACUAUCAGGACCAGCUGACGGACCAGGCUGCUCUCAUGAUGACGGUGGCGGGUCGGGUCAGUCAGACUGGGCAGGUUCUGGCCGCUCAGCACGUCUUCAGACUGCAGACUCCGAAGCUUCAGAUCCAGGUACCAGCCGGGCCAAGGAAUACCGGAGCGAUACCAAACAGUGUGAUACAGCACCAAAUUACAGUUAAAUAUAAACAGUGUGAUACUGCAAUAAAUUCAGACAAACGUUUCCUCUAGAAGUCUUUCUGAAUGUCUUUAAUGUG